UUAUAUUGUCAUCUGAAUAUUUGCUCUACCAGCUGUCUGAACUUAAAGUUAUAUUGUCAUCUGAAUAUUUGCUCUACCAGCUGUCUGAACUUAAAGUUAUAUUGUCAUCUGAAUAUUGGCUCUACCAGCUGCCUGAACUUAAAGUUAUAUUGUCAUCUGAAUAUUUGCUCUAUCAGCUGUUAG